AGCCCGAAGGCCCUGGGCGUGAUCGAACAGGAAGUGCUGGUAGUACGAGCUCAGCUAGCCAGCCAGUUGUAGUCAGAUAGGUUAGCGUGUUAUUUAACUCGGCAGAUACAAUGGGUCUUUUCGGCAGAACACCGGAUAAACCCCCAAAAGAGCUAAUCAGCGAGUGGUCUAAAAAGAUCAAGAAGGAAAUGAGAAUGAUUGACAGACAAAUUCGAGAUAUUCAAAGAGAACAAGAGAAAGUGAAAAGAUCCAUAAAAGACGCAGCCAAAAAGGGCCAGAGGGAUGUGUGUGUGAUUCUUGCAAAGGAGAUGAUUCAGUCAAAGCGAGCUAUCUCAAAACUUCACGCUUCCAAAGCUCAAAUGAACUCCGUUGUUCUCAGCAUGAACAAUCAACUUGCUGUAGUACGUGUAGCUGGGUCGCUGCAGAAGAGCACAGAGGUGAUGAAAGCCAUGCAGAACCUUGUCAAAAUCCCAGAGAUCCAGGCCACCAUGAGGGACCUAUCGAAGGAAAUGAUGAAGGCGGGCAUUAUUGAGGAAAUGCUGGAGGACACAUUUGAGAGCAUGGAAGAUGGAGAGGAAAUGGAGGAAGCAGCAGAGGCGGAGGUUGACAAGAUCCUUUUUGAAAUCACAGCAGGUGCCCUUGGCAAAGCGCCGAGCAAAGUCACAGACGCCCUUCCUGAUAUGGAGCCGCCUGGAGCCACUGCAGCUUCAGACGACGAGGAGGACAUUGAAGCGAUGCAGUCGAGAUUGGCAGCUCUGAGGAGCUAAGGUGAACUGCCACUGUUCUGUUCCAGUCAGUUUGUCACUCCAAGAAGGACAGAGACAUUUUUUGGUGCAGGUUUUACAGUACUGAGCAUCCUCUCUGCUUCAUAUUAUAAUUACUAUUUCAUAAUCAUUUGGGGUUAACAUCGUGCUCUGACAGUUAAUGUCUUUAAAACGUUUUUUUUUUUUUCUAUAGAUUGUGUGGUUUACUCAGCCUGAAGAAAAGGUGUUUAUGCUUUUGUCUUUAUUAUCUAGGGUAAACCUAGGUAAGUCUUUAUUAUCCAAAGUCAAAUAGAAGGUUUAAGAACGUGUAUAUAAUGUAAGUAUGAAAAGCCUGCUGUGCCUACAGUGCGUCAUCAUAUUCUUUUGUCCUAAGUUAUGGACUGGUGGUGGAGCUGCUUUGGUAUUAAUGAUACAAAAAACUGUUGACGGAAGCCACCCUUAAUGCAAAUCAAAUACUAGAUCACUAGUUAGCAACUGUUCUAAUCUGUUGGAAACAUUAAGUAAGCAACAGCGUUUCUGUUUACUGGUAACCAGUCCACAUUAUCUGAGACACUAGAGCUGAUGGGUGGAUUUCUCUUUUGAAAGUUCUUUUUUGUACUGUCACAAUGUGUCUGUUCUAUACGUGGUCUUACACUCAUCAGAAAAAUUCACGCAUACUACUCAACCCCGCUGUCUUGCACCUACAUUUAGCUUGAUAAAUGUUUGACUUUGUGUCACAGUUCAGUUCCUUCUAAGCAGGAGGAUGCAGAGAAAAUGGAAAAGGUUGGUUAGUGAAGAACUUAUGUAUUGUGGAAGUAUUGUGUGUAUAAUUUUCUGUGUGAAUGAGGACAAAAUAUGGAAAUAAACUUUUAAGAACAA